CAACACUACUGGAGUUGCCAGACUGGCGUUGUGAUGUAAUUUGGUUUUUGUACACCGUUCGUCAAUUAACUUAGAAUGUCACUUAAAACUGCAUUUUUAAGUGCUCUCAGGAGCUUCUCCCGGCCAGCUAUUCUCCUCCAGACUUCAAAAAUACAUACGGGCGUCUGCUGGCGAAAGGCGGAGGAUCGGAAGGAAAUGCUGGCAUCGCUGCCGGCCAAAGACGAAGGAACAGUGGGGGAAAAGACCGUGGACAUAGACACACUUAUCAACCGCAAGGCCAAGUUCUUUCCCGAUGCCAGCACCGCUACCCAAUUAUUCAAUGGAACUCCUUUUAACGAGCUGCCCAUCUGCAACAUUCGCGUGUCACCCAACAACACAAUUAUUUCCGUCACGGAUCACAAAGGAGUCCUUCGGCUGAUACGAUCCUGUGGAAUUGAAGGAUUCAAAAACACUCGGAAGGGAACAAACAUUGCUGCUCAAGCUACUGCAGUGACCAUUAGUGGCAAAGCCGUAGAACUGGGUUGGAAGACAGUGCGAGUCAAGGUCCGUGGUCUUGGCCCUGGAAGAAUGUCGGCUAUCAAAGGACUGCAAAUGGGUGGACUAAACAUUGUUUCCAUAACUGACAAUACACCUGUUUCAUUUAAUCCCCCAAGACCCAGAAAACAGAGGAGUCUUUAAUCUACAGCUUGUUAAGACAUUUGUUUAUUAACAAAUUACAUGAAUAGUCGUUAAAUUACAAUAAAACAAAUUUUUGAAUUAUAA